CUCUUUUGUUCCCUCUAAUAAAAGUUAAAACGUCCCUCUCAAGUCUGUUCGCUGUGCCGUUAAGUUUCGCGUUCGAUUAACAAGUUCGUCGCUGAAUCUCGAUUACAAUAAUGUGGACGUCAUUCAAACCAGAAAGUUUUUUCGAUCGGUAGAACACUAAAACUGGUGGAAGGCAUCGAAUACCUUCACCUCUAUACUUGAACGUACACGACAUGUCGUCGAACAAAAUCCUAUGUGAUAGUCAAUUGUGAUAAAUACCUAAUAUCUAUAACGGUGUGACAAUGAACGUUCUUGGCCCUAGAACAGCAACAUCAGUCAAUCGUGUACCUGAUAUGGGACAACCAACCAAGCCGCUGACGAACAGUCCGCCAGUAACAAAAUCUAUGUUUCAACAUGUAAAAAUAGAACAUUUGGUGGCUGGAUUUUCAGGCGGUGUUGCAUCUACACUCAUACUUCAUCCCCUAGAUUUGUUGAAAAUUCGAUUUGCCGUUAAUGAUGGGAGAAAUGCAAUACCAAGUUAUGCCGGACUGGGAAAUGCCGUCACUACAAUAUUUAGACAAGAAGGGAUAAAAGGACUUUAUAAAGGAGUUACUCCAAAUGUUUGGGGAUCAGGAAGUGCAUGGGGUUUUUAUUUCCUAUUUUAUAAUUCAAUAAAAGCUUGGAUUCAAGGUGACAACACUAAAAAACCUUUGGGUCCAGCAUUACAUAUGACUGCAGCAGCAGAAGCAGGCAUACUCACAUUAAUGAUAACCAAUCCAGUAUGGGUAGUCAAGACUCGUUUGUGUUUGCAAUUUGAUAAGCCCAAUGAUCCGAGCAAGUCGUACAGUGGAAUGUGGGAUGCAUUUCGCAAGAUCUAUGGUGCUGAGGGUGUACGAGGCCUGUACAAGGGCUUUGUUCCUGGCAUGUUUGGCGUAUCUCAUGGUGCCCUGCAGUUCAUGACUUACGAGGAAAUGAAGACUUUUUAUAAUGAAUACAGAAGAUUACCAAUUGAUGCUAAACUGGAAACAUCUGAAUACAUUGUAUUUGCAGCGUUUUCAAAAUUAAUUGCCGCUGGUUUGACAUAUCCGUAUCAAGUAAUUCGUGCAAGACUGCAAGAUCAACAUCGUGAAUACCGAGGCACUUGGCAUUGUAUAACCCAAACAUGGAGGUAUGAAAGGACACGAGGAUUUUAUAAAGGAAUUGGGCCCAAUCUAUUGAGAGUUAUACCAGCAACCAUCAUUACAUUUGUAGUCUAUGAAAACUUAUCUUCAUAUUUAAUUAAGUUGAAUAUUAUACCUUCAUAGUUAAAUUUUAAAAUGGUCAUUAGUUAUUUUCAUA